AUGUCAAACGAAUUUGAAGAAGCCAUCGCUUUCUUCAUGGAACAUUUGGACACUGAUAAGAACGGAAAACUAUCGAAAGCUGAGAUUUUGACUAUUCAUGAAUCCGACGCGUUCAAAAAGAACAUCGAUGAUCUGUUCAAAAAAUACGAUCGCGAUCAAGAUGGCGAGUUGAAUCGAGAAGAACUGAUCAUGUGGCUCGAGACCGAAUUUCCUGAAGGCGAACCUAGAUACGGACUCGAAUAG